AUGAGCGACGUUCGAUUCAAUUUCGCGAGGGUAAUGUGAACACCGCUGACAGAGUUAUCAAAUAGUCGUAGACGAAAUCGUUCCGUGUAGAGACUGGUAGCAACACUUGCAGCAGCAGACUGUCUUAGCUCAACGGUUUGGACUCCGGAGCAUUUCGAAAUCGGACAGUCCCGACACCGAAACGCGUGAUUGAUAAACAAUGGAAACCAGCGGCAACAUUUCGGACUUUCUCUACCCGAUUUCUAAUCCAGUCAUGUCGAAUAGCAGUGUGUUUUGCCGAAACUUCAGCAACAGCUCCAGUCUUCUGAACAUGAACAGCUCCAGAUGUGACAGUACGGCUGAGCAGGACAAAACUCCCGUGAUAGUCGCGAUCAUCAUCACCACAUUGUACUCCAUAGUGUGUGUGUUGGGACUGGUGGGCAACGUCCUCGUCAUGUAUGUUAUUAUACGAUACACCAAAAUGAAAACUGCGACCAACAUCUACAUCUUCAACCUUGCUUUAGCAGAUGCUUUGGCAACAAGUACUCUGCCAUUUCAGAGUGUCAACUACCUGAUGGGUACAUGGCCUUUUGGAGACGUGGUGUGCAAGAUUGUCAUGUCCAUUGAUUACUACAACAUGUUUACCAGCAUCUUCACCCUCACCACUAUGAGUGUUGACCGCUACAUAGCUGUUUGCCACCCGGUUAAAGCCUUGGACUUCAGAACACCCCGUAAUGCCAAGAUUGUCAACGUGUGUAACUGGAUCCUUUCGUCUGCCAUUGGCCUCCCUGUCAUGGUCAUGGCCUCCACCACUAUUGAGAACCAAAACAGUCCGUUACAGGUUGGCAACAUUGACUGUACAUUGCUCUUUCCCCAUCCUCCCUGGUACUGGGAGAACCUCCUGAAGAUCUGCGUCUUCAUCUUUGCCUUCAUCAUGCCCGUGCUCAUUAUCACAGUCUGUUACGGCUUGAUGAUUCUUCGCCUAAAGAGCGUACGCAUGCUGUCUGGCUCUAAGGAAAAGGAUCGCAACCUGCGGCGCAUCACCCGAAUGGUCCUGGUGGUGGUGGCGGUUUUCAUCAUCUGCUGGACCCCGAUCCACAUCUUUGUUAUCAUCAAGGCCCUUGUGACUAUCCCCAACUCGCUAUUCCAGACCGUCACUUGGCAUUUCUGCAUUGCUCUCGGCUACACAAACAGCUGCCUUAACCCGGUCCUCUACGCCUUUCUGGAUGAGAACUUUAAGCGCUGUUUCCGGGAGUUCUGUGUUCCCAGUCCCUCCGUGCUGGACCUGCAGAACUCCACACGCACCAGGAACCCCCAGUGUGAGGGCCAGUCUAGUGGUCAUACAGUAGACAGGACCAAUCAGCAGGUAUGACUAGUCCUGGAGAUGUCAUCACUGGAGUCGCGCUGCCAGCCCAGUGUUGACAUGAGCUCAGAGGUCACGCAGGUCACUACAGGUGUUUGACACCUUGUAGGGGAAAUUCUAACCCAUACGAGUUGCAGCAGGUGGCUUUGCCUUAAUCUCUUUAAGCAUCUUGUUUAAGCCUCCUCCAAAGAGUUGUUUCACACACUUGGUUCAGAGACAGACUGUCGAUGAGAAACUCACCUUAAACUAGACUUCAGGGUGAGAUUUCUAUUGACUUAUUUGGCAGACAUUUCUUUCCAAUGUGCAUUCGAGCUGUACAUUUUGUCAAUGAACUUUGUCCCCUGGGAUCUUGAGGCUCUACCAGUGGAGCUGAAGGAACACAGAUACAUAUAUUGAGAUAACAUGUACUAUAUUAUGACAUACUCUAAAUGACAGGUCUUGUAAUAAGUCUAGCUUAUCUGUGAUGUUCACUGUGAUGCAUCAGAUGCAUCCUUGCAUUAGUCCAUCAUUCAAGAACUAUAUAAUAUAAAAAUUCCAUUUAACAUGUAAAUGUUUCUUAAUAUGCUGUGUGAAUAAUCAUUUUAUAAGUGAUAUUGCUUUAUUUGUAGACAGCUAAAACAUCCCAUCAGAAAGAAAAUGUAAAUUAUGUAUUGAACAUGACAUUUAUUCAAAAUUUUCAGCUUUCACUGUAUUUUUCUUUCUUUUUAAACAUAUUUAGAUUUCAGCUUGCUUUCAUGACCAAUAUAGGAGAUUGGUUAAGCUGUAUUAUUCAGUUGUGUUCCUUGGAAGCAAUUCUAAUUAAUCAUCAAAUGACUGUUGGACGUAACACACUAUUUUUCUGAUUUUCUGUGGACUUUAUAUAAAAGGGAAGACGAUAAGAACCGUCUCUUGCAACAAUGGCUAAUUUUCACGCUUCAUUGGUGACAAAUGUAUUGUGCUUGUAUGCUGAUGCAAAUUUCUUGUUCUAAUGUGAACGUCCAAUGGAAUUGCUAAUUGCCCUCACAUUAAGACAUUUUGUCUGAAAAAAGCUAAACUUUUAUGCUCUAAAAUAGCUUUGUAUUUGACAGGUGUCAGUAAGUUUUUAUAUAUACUGUAUGCAGCAUCAUAAAUAACAUACACUGUAGAAUCUUUGUUUUUAGUGAGAUGGCACAGAAUAAUCACUGUAGAUGUGAGAUUUAAUUUUACAUUACACCACUAAUAUAUGAUACUACACAAGUGCUGUGUCAGUAAUUAUUUGCUGUGGC